GGUGAGGCCAAGUUUAUUCCCGAGCCCUAACUAAUCAAUGAACACGAAUUCCUGCGAAAGAGUUGUCCUUGUAUGACAUUUUAUUUAGGAUACAGCAACGAAACGGAGGAGGAUGAAUGACACAUACGUAACUACAUCUUUGCAUGUACUUUUCAUAUAGUCGGGAUCAUAAAUGCAGUUUGUAGUCGGGAAUCAUUAACCUGCCAGUCGUUGCUCAAACUCCGAUAGUCAUUCCGUUAUAUAUUGUCAUUUAUAUGUUUAUCUUUUCCAGUAGCCUAGCGAUCCCCUGAGUUGUCAGGAGCGAAACAAUAGCACCAUAGCAACCACGGCGUUGAGCGGACCGGUUUUCGUUCUGCUAGUUGUUUCCGCACGGGCACAUUUUCGAGCUGGACACGAAUGGACGAAGACUGGUAAAUGUUUCUUCUGCGAAGAUGUCAGGGCUGUCAGAAACAGAGCGUGCUGGAUUUACAAAGAUACUGAACUUAAUGACAAAUAGCGACUUACUCUCACUCAGUGACACGGUCACAAAUAAGAUGAUCGUUGUGGAAAAUAUGGCAGAGGCUACGGAAACGAUUCUGUCGUUCACUAAAAAUGCCGAGGAGCUCCUGCGAAGGAAGAAGGUUCACCGCGACGUCAUAUUCAAGUAUCUGGCCAAGGAAGGUGUGGCGAUGCCCCCGAGCAGCGAGAAGCACCAGCUGGUGAGAAGGACUCUGGAGCUUUGGGCCUCAGUGAAGGCUGCUGAUGGCCAAAGCAUUCAAGGAGAGUCGGAUCAAUCUAGACUGCAACAGACCACAGAGGCAUCAUCUGAUUCCACGGAUAUGAGCGCUGGCGUGGGCUUUGACCCGCUGGUGCUUGGUCAGCAGUUCUGCCAGUGGUUCUUCCAGCUCUUGAACAGUCAGAACCUCUCACUGGGCCAACCGCCUCAGGACUGGGGACCACAUCACUUCUGGCCAGAUGUGAAGCUACGCCUCCUGUCCAGAGCUGGCAGUGAACAGAUGGAGGAGUUCCUGGGUGCGGAACUGGUUAGCCUUCGUCUCUUGGCCCUGACCAGGGAGGAGCGCCUCCUCUUCAGUCCCAACCUGGAGCCUCACGGUCUCAGGGCCCUGGCCUCCCCCCACGGCUUGGUGCUUGUGGCCGUGGCUGGGACCAUUCACAGAGACGCGGCCUGUCUGGGCAUCUUUGAACUUAUAUUCGGCCUUAUCCGCUCCCCGCUGGAGAACAACAGCUGGAAGAUAAAGUUUGUCAAUCUAAAGAUCAGAGGACAGGAUGCUCUGGGUGGGACGGAGGUGACGGCACCCGCUUUGAGCUACAACUCCAGUGAACUGCAACUCCUCUGCAGUUGAUGACAAUCGAGAUGAGGAUUUUCUUCUUUCACACUAUUCACUACCGAGUGGGCUUGACUGUACAAACAUCCUUGGACGCAUUGCACACAUUAUACAGGCAAUUAAUAGAUUGUCAGCUAUUGGGAUCUCGCAACUUUACUUUCACAAACCGGAUUUGUACGGUACAGGUAUGUAGACACUGUUGAAUUUAUUUUACUUUAUUUACAUCAUUAAUUCAGUUCAAUGCAUGGUGAAAUUCAAAAAAGGUCCCCCUAGGGUUUGUCAGCUUACUUGAAAAGAAAUAAAGUUUCUGCUGCUUUGUGUUGUGGAAACAUUUUGGUAAAA